AUGGCACAAGAAGAAGAGAAUGAAUAUUUGUUCAAGAUCGUCAUCAUUGGUGACUCUGCUGUCGGCAAGUCAAACCUGCUAAAUAGAUUCACAAGAAACGAGUUCACAGAGAAGACAAAGGCUACAAUCGGUGUUGACUUUGGCACCAAGUCAAUAGAGAUCGAUGGCAAGGUUGUCACUGCUCAAUGUUGGGACACUGCAGGACAAGAGCGUUUCCGUGCCGUAACCAGCGGAUACUAUCGUGGAGCUGUAGGUGCGAUGAUUGUAUACGAUAUUACAUCUAAAAUAAGCUUUAAGAAUGUUACAAGAUGGUUGAAUGAAUUGAGAGAGAAUGCAGAGCCAGACAUCUUGAUCAUGAUGGUUGGCAACAAGUCUGAUUUGGAAACGUCUAGAGAGGUGUCGACUCAGGAGGCUCAGUCCUUUGCUCAGUCCAACAAGAUAUCAUUCUUGGAGACCUCUGCUCUCAACUCAAACAAUGUAAACCAAGCCUUUGAACGUCUGCUCAAGGACAUAUAUAGCCAUCUGGGACAGAGAAAGAACAUUGUCAUGGAUGAUGGACAGGAGUGGUUGAAGCCACAAACGAAUGCUGGACACAAGAUUACUCCACUGUCUGACACUCCAAUCGCAACUACAACCUCUACACAUCAAGAGAAGAAGAAGGGAUGCUGCUAA